AUGUUUAAACGUUUUUACAGUGCGGCCAAGUCGACGUCCGUGGCCAACUUGGAGCUCGCCACGCGCCAGCAGCUGUACAUGGUAGACGCCAGCUCGCCGGGCAGCGUGUUUUUUCUUCCGCACGGAACCAGGGUGUUCAACAAGCUCGUGCAGUUCAUGAAGGUCCAACAACAGAAGCACGGCUUCACAGAGGUGAUAUCGCCCCUCAUGUACAAGAAGGAGCUGUGGGAGACGUCUGGACACUGGGAAAACUACAAAGAGGACAUGUUUAGAGUCGAAUCCAACUCGGGGAACAACUCUCUCGACUCGGUGUAUGGAUUGAAGCCGAUGAACUGUCCGGGCCAUUGUGUUAUUUUCGACCGGUUUGCACGCUCGCACCACGACCUGCCGUUGCGACUAUCUGAUUGGUCGAGCUUGCACCGCAAUGAGCCCAGCGGAGCACUCACCGGUCUUACUCGUGUUCGUCGGUUCCAUCAGGACGAUGGCCAUAUCUUCUGCACCAGGGCCCAGGUUGGAGUCGAGAUCGGCCGCUCGUUGCAACUAAUCAAGCUGUGCUACUCUGUUUUCGGGUUUAAAAAGUAUAGAAUGACGCUCUCCACCAGACCGGACUCACACAUCGGGUCUGUAGAGGACUGGGACUCUGCCGAGUCUGAGCUGAAAAAGGCCCUUGACAACCACGCGGGCGAGCAAAACUGGGCACUCAGAGACAAGGACGGCGCGUUCUACGGCCCCAAGAUCGAUAUUCUAGUCACAGACCGCGCGGGAAAAGAACACCAGGCUGCAACCGUGCAAUUGGACUUCCAGCUGCCGCAGCGGUUUGGACUGCAGUACCAGGCUGAGGCCGGCCCAGAGACGCCUAUCAUGGUGCACCGGGCUGUUUUCGGAUCUGUGGAGCGGUUCAUGGCCCUGCUCAUGGACGAGUACCAGGGAAACUGGCCGUUCUGGUUAUCGCCGCGUCAGGCUGUGAUUAUCCCGGUCAACGAGUCGCACCUGUCGUAUUGCCAGCAGAUCCACCGCGAACUUGCUCAGAGCACAGAGACAGACCUCGACGCGCCGUCCGCAUUGCACGAGGCCAGUUUCUACGUCGAUAUCGACGCCAGAGCAGAAACCGUCGGUCUGCGUACUAAAGAUGCCAUUCAGAAAGGCUACAACUACAUUAUGCUGGUUGGCGACCGCGAAGUCGCCGCCGGCACCGUUGCCGUGCGCUCCAGAGAGAGCCGCAAGGUGCAACCUAUGAACAUAGAGGAGGUGCGGUCUGCUUUCCAGCAGCUCGAACUUGAAUAUAAAUAG